AUGGAGCCAUACCCAUUCCGAUCGAGUCUGCCCACAGGACCGAUUACCAAGAUAAUCACAGCAGAGGAAUGGGACCGACGAAAUGCCCAUUGGCUAGAUCAGCUGAUGCACCCAGAUAGCACGAAGGAAAAGUUUGGGCCGACCAUCCAGGAAGAGGUAACGGAACAGACCUUCCCGCUUAUCUCCAACGCUCGCCGGUAUUUGCUCAGUCGAUGGGCCAAGUCGGAGGACUUUGACCUGGACUCACGAUUACUUGAGGCCCCGAUCCUCCCGCAGGUAGAGGUAGAAGACAAGAUUAUCAAAGAGAUCUUCACUGUCGAGACCGAUGCAACCAAACGAUCAAUCCGAGCUAUCGAGACAGCAGCUUUAGGCCUUCCUAAGGCUCACCAGAAGACAGCUGCACUAAUCAAGCAGCAUACAGACCGACUUUUUGCUUGCCGGGACCAUGAGAUUGACAACAAAACGAUCAUGGCACAAAGCGUAGCGAAGCUACGCCAGUCUUCAUCUGUCAAUGCAACAACUCUCCAGGUCGCAUUCGAGGAUAACGAGGCACGCCUUCGGUCUCGUGUCGACCCGGCACAGAUGGCAAGAGAGAAGGGAUUGGAGGCCUUUGGGGCAGAUCUACAAGAGGCAUUAAAGAGCCCAACUGUAGACGGAUCGGCAGACCAGCUGAUAGUGUUCUUGAAAACUCAUUGGCGAAUGCGGGAUGAUGAGAUUUCAGAUUGGCAGGACAUGGCGAACUCGGUCUGCCAGACAGCGACAGAGGCAGGCCACCCUAUGAAUCGUACCGACCAGGAGGGCUGCGACAACCACGACUGGGAUUCGCUUUUACGCCUGGCGAACACCCGCGGAGGAAAGGCCCUAGUCACUCUCUUAAACAUGGAGCGUUGCGCUCUAGAUGAGGCCUUUUUAGACAGACGAAACGAAUGGUAUAAAGAGGCUCUCACCGAUGAGGAGUAUGAGAGAUGGAGCGAUCUGUUUCCUAUGGAUGAGGAGCCCCAGUCUGGCGGGCAGCAGCCUUAG